CCUCCUCCAUCAGCUCGGCCGUCUUCCUCGAUCAGACCCCAAAAUGCCGGAGGAGACCGAGACCGCCGCCGCCUCGAACUCUGCCAGCGUGGAGGAGAAGCCCUGCUCGUCCGCCGCCGCCGCCGCCGCUGCAGACGGGUGAGUGGAGCAGCGGGUUGCUGCUUGGUGCUGAACGGGAUGGGGGGCAAACUUCAUCCGGGCGGUCAAACUUAUUUUCUGUAUGCUCGGUCGACUGUAAAUUACAAACCCCCCUCCUCCUCCUCCUCCUCUUCCUCCUCCCCGCGCAGCUCUGUUGACGUUAUGGAGGAGGCAAAGAAACUCCUUGGCACGGGGAACAGGCACCUGGUGAUGGGGGAUGUUGUUUCUGCUGUCAGUGUCUUCCAGGAGGCGUGUGAAAUGCUGGCUGCGAAAUAUGGGGACACUGCAGGUGAGUGUGGAGAGGCCUUCUUCCUGUGUGGAAAGUCCCUGCUGGAACUUGCUAGGAUGGAGAACACUGUCUUUGGCAAUGCCCUGGAGGGAGUUCCUGCAGAGACUGAAGAAAAGAAACCCAUCAACUCCAACACUGAGAGUGCUGACAACCUUGAUGAUGACGAUGAUGAUGAUGAUGACGACGAGGAGGAGGAUGAGGAUGGAGAAGGAAAUGCAGAGGACAAGGAAGAAGAGGAAGUUGAGAACUUGCAGUUGGCUUGGGAGAUGCUGGAGGUGGCUAAAGUCAUCUUCAAAAGAAAGGAGAACAAAGAGGAUCAGCUGAUGGCAGCACAGGCCCAUCUGAAACUUGGAGAAGUUGGUGCUGAAUCAGGUAAUUACCCUCAGGCACUGGAGGAUUUCCAGGAGUGUCUCGCCCUGCAGCUUAAGCAUCUCCCUCCCCACAGUCGCCUGCUGGCCGAGAGCCAUUAUCAUGUCGCAACUGUCUUGUGCUACAUGGACCAGUACAGUCAAGCCAUACAGCACUACAGCAGCUCCAUAAAGGUCAUCGAAAACCGCCUCGCCAUUCUGCAAGAGGUGAUAGAAGCAGCUGAAGGAGCUGAUGGGGUUGCAAAGGAGAGGGAGGAGAUGGAGGAGUUGAAGCAGCUCUUGCCUGACAUCACUGAAAAGGUGGAAGAUGCCAAGGAGAGUCAGAGAACGGCCAGCACUGCCUCUCAAGCCAUCCAACAGACAAUGGGUGGGGCAUCAACUUCAUCAGCAUUCCCUGGUGAAAAUGGGGGAUCUUCAUCGUCGGCAUUUGUAGUCAGUGAGAUCCCAGUAAGAUCAUCUGAUGGUACUUCAUCUUCAAAAGAGGUCUCAGACAUUUCCCACUUGGUCAGGAAAAAGAGGAAACCAGAGGAGGAGAGCCCAGUAAAGGACACUGAUGCAAAGCAGGCCAAACCGGAAGCUACAGUUAAUGGGAGUGAUGACUCGAGUGCCAGCAAUGGAGUCCAGAAGAAUGAGGCACAGGAGCCUGCCAAGCCAUCAGCCUCUGUAGAGUCUUCAGCAUGAUGGGAGCGUCCAAACACCUUCCUGAUCAUCAAACCAGCACAGCAUGCCUGUCCAGCCCCCUGUUCCUUCAGCAUUUUUUUUUUGUAAAUAACUUUCACUUUUGGAUUUGUCUGUCUAAUUUUUGUAUACUUGUAGUAUGAAAAUAAAAAAAAAAAUUGC